GACCACUGACUUCUCUACACACAAUUAAAUGGUCCGUGUUUUGCCCCUAGUAAGCGCUACCUAUCUUGUUCGGAAUAUAGAUUGUGAGCCACACAUUGGAAAUUUCCACAAUUGAAGAGUCAAGCAACGUAACUUUAACUCUUAUCAUUUAACUCUUAUCAUCGUUAUGCUUUAGACUCUCUCUAUAUAUUAACUUCGUUGGCUACAAAACCAAAUCAAACAUACCAAGUUUCUUCUUCAAUAUCUUUGUUUUGUUUCAAAUCUUUAUUUUCCAAAUGGUGAAACCGUGUCUCCAUGUUGAUUCCAUCUCCUCUUUCUUCUUCUGUCUCUUGGUCUCCAGCUUCUUUGUCAGAAGUCUUGUGUCUCUCCCCUCUCCUCGUCCUGACCAAAUUGAGAUCCUUAUGGCAUUUAAGAACGAGUUUCCAAUCCUCAAAUGCGACUUCAGUAAGUGGCCUGACUCAGAACAAAAGACAAAAUCUUGGACCAGCAAAGACGUUAAGUCCUUUGAUGGGGUUGUAUUUGAUAGCGAGACCGGUGUAGUGAUGGAACUACAUCUAGGUGGUGCAUGUCUCAGUGGCAGUCUCAGUGCUAAUAGUAGCCUUUUCAGACUCCAUCACCUCAGGUACCUUGAUCUCUCUUCCAACUACUUUGACUCCUCAUUCCUACCCGAACUUGGAAAACUCACAAACUUAGAGAUCUUGUAUCUUUCUGAUAUGGGCUUAGCCGGUGAAAUUCCAUCCUCAUUCAGUAGCCUAAACCGUCUAACCAAGUUGCAACUUUCCGGUAACGAGUUUAUUGGCAGUUUUUCCCCUCUUUUCAAUCUAUCGAAGCUCUCUUCUUUAUUUCUUGGUAAUAAUCUCUUUUCUGGAAACAUUCCAUGUUCUCUACUCACCCUUCCUUCCCUGUCAACUCUUGAUUUGAGCCAUAACCAUCUCAUCGACUCUCUUGAAACUAUGAAUUGCUCUUCAUCAUCUAAUCUUGAAAGGUUAGACCUUAGCUAUAACCGUCUCAGUGGUCGAAUCCUAGAGCCUCUCUCAAAAUUAACCAACCUCCAAGAACUCUACCUAUCUUUUCAGAACACAACCGACCCAAUCAACUUCAUCUCCUCCUUGGGCUUCAAGUCUUUAGAGUGGCUGGAUCUUUCCGGACAUGCUAUAUCAAGGCUUAAUCUUGGAUCACCAAAUUUGAAGGAACUAUACUUGGAUAACUGCAGCCUCAACGAGUUCCCCACAUUUAUUAAAGACCUACAGAAGCUGGAAACUUUGGACAUGGGAAACAAUAGACUCAAAGGAGAAGUGCCUAAAUGGUUGUGGAGUAUGUCUUCUUUGAUUGAAUUGUAUCUGUCUCAAAACUCCUUCGAUAGCUUUGAAGACAAGACAGAAAUGCUUCUCAAUUCGUCGCUUACCCUAUUAGAUCUGAGGUCAAACGCUUUUCGAGGAUCUCUUCCUAUUAUUUCACCGUGGUUGAUAGUCAUGCUUGCAUCAGAUAAUAGUUUCACAGGAGACAUACCUCUUUCAUUGUGCAAUCAAAGAUUCCUACUUGUCCUUGAUCUAGGGCACAACAAUUUCAGUGGUUCUAUUCCCUCAUGCUUGAUUAAUUCAUUUGUACAACAACUGGAUCUCCAUAACAACAAUCUCACAGGGAGACUUCCCGACAUACUCGACAAAACUGGCUCACUAGUAACACUUGACGUUAGGCAUAAUCAAAUAACUGGGAAGCUUCCAAGGUCUCUUACCAAUUGCAAAUACCUAUAUGUUCUAAACGUGGAGGGCAAUAAAAUCGUGGACACCUUUCCGUUUUGGCUGAAAGAACUACCGAACCUAAGAGUCAUGGUCCUACGGUCAAACAUGUUCCAUGGUCCACUCUAUUCUCCUCAACAUCCUCUAUCAUUUCCACAACUGCAGAUGAUUGACAUAUCGCGUAAUAAAUUCACCGGAAAACUACCACAUGAUUACUUUGUCAAUUGGAGCACAACUUUGAUCAGUCCUCAAGAGGAAACAAAGCCAUAUUACAUGGGAGGGUCUACCAUAGUCCGUUAUGACUAUUACCCUUCUAUGUAUCUGAGGAACAAAGGAAUAAACAUGGAGCUGGAAAAGAUCCUUGAUACCUACAGAGCCAUUGACUUCUCAGAAAACGAACUUGGAGGACAGAUUCCAGAAUCUAUAAGUCUUUUGAAGUCGCUUAUUGUGCUCGACCUAUCCAGCAAUGAUUUCAGUGGUCAUAUUCCUUCCUCUUGGUCUAAUCUCACGAGCCUCGAGUCUCUAGACCUAUCUCGGAACCAACUGUCUGGAAAAAUCCCGCAGGAGCUAGCAACCCUCUCGUUCUUGGAGUACAUCAACGUUUCGCAUAACAAACUCACGGGCCAGAUACCACAGGGUACACAGAUCGUAGGACAGAGCAAAUCUUCUUUUGAAGGGAAUCUCAAUCUUUGUGGUCUUCCUCUUGAGAAGAGUUGCUUUGGGGACAAAGCACCAUCAACACCAGAGGCACAAGAGCCUGAACCUCCAAAGAAAGAACAAGUGUUGAACUGGCAAGCAGCAGUAAUGGGAUACGGCCCAGGAGUCUUGUUUGGACUCGCGAUUGGACAUGUCUUUUAUUCGCACAAACCUGUGUUGUUCUACAAGUUGUUUCGUCUCUGAAGUGAAGUUUAUGCCUUUGGUUUUGUUGAAGUAAGUUGUAAGGGUUUUUGUAACCGUUUCGACAUAGAUAUGUGUGUGAUAUGUAUUUUCACAUGAAAUGAAAGGAAACCGUGCGUAGGUUUUUCUUUUCUUUACAGAAACAUGAAAACAGAGGGGGGUCUACUCUGUUCUUCUUGGAUACACUUGUAACAUUAAGGUUAUUGUCCAUCUAGCAUUAGUAUCAGAAUCUUUCAUUUA